GCGGAGGAAGAAAUGACGAAACUGGUUUUUUUUUUUCCGGUUAACAGCAGGAUUUUUUUUCCUCACAAUUGACUUAUCUCUUUUUUCAUUCUUUAUUAUCCUAUUAAUAUUACUAAUUAUUUUGUCUGAUUACUUAAGUUUGAUCUUUUGUAAUGUGUCUCCAGUGGUUCUAUGUCUGUUUUCUAACCUCUUAAUCACUUUGUGUUACACUUGGCUGUAUGAAAAGUUCUCUAUGAAUAAAGUUUGACUGAAUAUAGAGCUCAGAAAAAAAUGUAAGCACUGCAAACCCUUUUUUUAAGAUCAGCAUCUCUACAUGGAUGAUGGCCGUUCCUUUCCAAGGCUACAUCAUUCAGCCCAAUGAGGUCCCUGAACCCAGCAACAAUGUGAAAGACUGGAGGAGAGCGGGCCUGAUGCAAUCAGGAGUUAAUCCCCCAAAUGCUGAUUUCUGUACUAUUUCUCAGCUAAAAUAUGACCACGGUGUUGUUUAGGCAAACAUGUUUAUUUUAGACAAAUGUGCAUAUAAUAAAAGAGUCAAUUUUGCAGUGGCCUCUUGCUGAGUAUUAAAUUUAAUCACACAUUUUACACAUUUUAUUUCAGGAAAAAAACUCUAAACCUCGUCCAAACAUGUUUCUAUUGUUCCAGAAACUCCCUGGCUGCCUUACUGUUAUCAACCAUCAACAACACUCUGGUGACACUCCCUGCUGCGUCACCAAGCUCCACAACAAGUUCUUACAUGAACCUCCAUCUGCUAGUCAGGAUAAAUAUUCAGAGAAAAUGCAUAUGGGAGGAGUUUGGCCCACUGGCUGUGUCAAGCCAUCCAAUCAGAAAGCCCCAGUUUCCUUGGCAGCACCUAGUGAUGUACAGCUGGGGGAUGAGAUCAGAACCAUGAAGAUGAAGCAACAGAUGUCAGUGAUGGUUUCCCUGGCGUCCUUUUUGAGAAAACUCUGCUGCCUGCUGUUAAUGCCUGGUUUCCUGGGAGCAACAUCUCUGAUGAAAGUAAAAAACCCUGAUGGAAAUCCUGUCAGGAUUGGAUUUGCUGAAGCAAAUGAUUUCUUGACGAACUCUCGACCCAAGAGGAAUGUUGAUCCAAAAUGGUACCGAGGCAACCCUGACUUUCAGUCCUACUACCGCUUCUACAAUAGCAUUGGACACAUUGAAGGACUUUACGAGAUUGACCGGAUCAGGAUGUUGUAUCAGCAGAUGCGUUUCCUGGAGUUGACUUAUGGCCCCGACUCUGCCACCUACCAGAAUAAAAUGGGUGUCAUAACUGGCACCACAGGACCAGCUACAACAGCUCAUCCUCCUGCACCUUCCACAAUGCCUGCUCCCACACAAAACCCACUGGAAAACGCUCAGAAGAUCUAUCUGUGCAACCCCAAGGACCCUUUGUGCAAACCUAAGAUUGUCUACCUGCCGACAGGAGCUGUCCCCAUACUGUGUGACCCCAGAAUCAACCCCCAUUGCAGGGCUAAAACAGAAAAGGGGACUAAAACUGCUGCAUCCAAACCAACACCAGCCACUCCUGCUCCUGGAAAGGGUGACCCACCUGCCCCUCCACCAGUCCCCAUGAAAGGGAUGGAGUAUGACUGUGACCCGUACUGGGAUCCAGACUGCCUCAUCGACCAGUCUUCCCAUCCUGUUCAGGAAGCAUCAUCACCAGCAACACUGCCUGAAGACAAACUGGAAUUAGAAGACGAAACAACAGAUAAAGGGAAUGUCCCUGUUGUUUCAACUACAGCUAAAAAGAAAAAUCCUUACCCUUACUUUGACCCAUAUGAUUUCAAAUGAGACCUAUAGGACCCCUUUCAUUAUGCCGAGUCAGCUCCUGAUCCACACUAAAAACAAUGCUAUCUAGGAAAACAUGACCAGCUGAUCAACAACUAGACCAAAAAAAGAGUACAAUAUAAUACUGCAAGUUACAGUUACAAAUUUGAUACAUUUUUCCAGAUUACCUGUACAAUGUGACUAAUGCACAGAAACAUUUUUGAAAUAUUAAAAUAAAAAAAUACUUAGCAGA